AUGCGGCGAUUACGGGCCUCCUCCUUUUCCCUGAGGGUCUCUCCUCAAGCGCGCGCCUCCUAUCUUGUCCUCUCCCGCAUCAGCCGCACCUUCUCCAUAACCGCAUCGCGCCCGUCCCCGGGGGAAUACCGCCGCUCCGACUUCAGCGGCCAGGGAUACACAUCUGUUUAUGAGCCUGGACUACCUCCAAACGGUCCACUCGGUGGCGCUUCUCUCGUCGGCCCUCCGCGUGUGGUUCCGAGCAAGCUCAAAGAGCAUCUCGACAAGUAUGUCGUCGGCCAGGAGCGCGCCAAGAAGAAGCUUUGUACGGCUAUAUAUAACCAUUAUCAGCGAAUACAGGAGCUGCAACGGCUUGAGGAUGAGCGGGCGGAAUUGGAUGCGCAGGAGCAGCGCCAAAAGAUGGGGCACCGGCAUCCCAUAGAAGACGAAUACCCGGGCCAGGAGCAGACCGUCGAGUACCAUCCUCCCGUCACCCCCUUUCCAGAACCAACUCCGUCGCCCAUCGAGGCACCACUGCCGGAAGAUCGCGGACAGUUGGGCAUACAGAAGUCGAAUGUCCUCCUACUCGGCCCGUCCGGCGUUGGCAAAACAUACAUGGUUAAGACCCUGGCCCAAGUUCUGAACGUACCUUUCAGCGUAUCAGCUUGCACGAGCUUCACUUCAGCCGGGUACAUUGGUGAAGAUGUCGAAGCUUGUGUACAGCGUUUGCUUGCCGCCGCAAAGUACGACGUAGCUGAAGCGGAGCGAGGAAUCAUAUUCCUGGACGAGAUUGACAAGAUUGCAACAGCAAAGGUGAAUCACGGCAAGGAUGUAGGCGGCGAGGGCGUCCAGCAGGCACUUCUCAGCAUAAUUGAAGGAACCACCCUGCAGAUCCAGGGCAAGGCCGAAAGAGGACCAAGUGGGCGAUGGCUGGAGGGGCCAAAGAGUCCUCCGCCGCCAGGAGCUGGUAAAGAGACUUACACAGUCCGAACGGACAAUAUCCUUUUUAUAUGCGCGGGCGCUUUUGUCAACCUCGGGAAAAUAAUACAAGAUCGGAUAGCCAAAGGCAGUAUGGGGUUUGGAGCUGCAGUACGCUCAUCCAAGCCCGAGUCCGGCGUUCACGAAACUUUGGUAAAAGGCGACGAUGCCCUCUUCAAGAAACACCUCCCUUUCUACGUUGCGCCAGAUACAUCCCCUGCGGGGCGCGUCUCCAAGUCACUACAGACCUUCAACCUGCUUGACCUCGUGGAGCCCGCCGACCUUCAGAAGUACGGCAUGAUCCCGGAGUUUCUCGGGCGCAUACCGACCUUGUGUGCGCUGUCUGCGCUCGAUGAAGACGCUCUCGUGCGGGUCCUCACCGAACCGCAGAACAGCCUUAUUCGACAGUAUGAGCAGUUGUUCCGCAACUCUGGCGUGGAGCUCCGCUUCACCACCGCAUCUCUACGAGAGAUUGCGAAGCGCGCGCUUAAUAUGGGGACAGGUGCCCGGGGGCUACGUGUCGUGCUUGAGCGGAUGCUGGAGGAGUCCAUGUACGCGGCGCCAGGCUCAUGUAUCAAGCACAUCCUCAUCACACGCGAGGUCGCUCAGCUAAAAACGGCUCCUCUCCACUUUGAACGUGGCCAAUCGCGGAGCUUCUACAAUACGUGGAAUCACGAGGAGGCAUUGUGGGAGGACGAGAUACGCCAACUGACGGAACCCGACCAUCCCAGUUCUUUCCAGGAAUACAGGAAGCAGGGCCUCAUGGCUGGUGCGGGCGGCUGCAUGUAA